CAGGUACAUAUUUGAUAAUACCAUGAGUGAGUUAAAAGAUUACGAUCAGAAACUCUUAACUGAUAAUCAGCAGAGCAAUUGUUUGUUUCCUGCCAGUCUCAUCAAGUGAUAAUCUAACAUUGCAAUGCUGCCAAUAACCAGUUUGUAAUUUAUUCAUUCAAAAUAAAGUCCCCAGUCUGAUUUGCAUAUUAUGUAACCCACCAUGAUUUCUCCUUGUCUGCUGUGAAGCAGAAAGUUAGUUUCUGAUGAUAAGUCUGCAUUGAUCAGUUCCAGUCACAACAACCUCACUUAUUUCCAGAAUGGCGAAUGAAUCAGUUAUAGACAAUUUGCAUCUCCCACUUUUGGCAAGUUAUGAGUGGUGUAAGAGAUUUCUUAAUUUCCUGACAGGACUGUUUUUCAGAAUCAUGCUCUAUGUACAAUCACCGGAAGGACCACAGUAUCGCGUGACAAGAAUGUUCAUUUAUCCAAUCAAAUCAUGUGGAUUUAUUGAGGUCGAUAAGUCGUGGAUUAUUGAAUCAACAGGACUUCGAUUUGACCGCAAGUGGAUGAUAGUUAAUAAACGGGGAGUUAUGCUAUCCCAGUUGAGAGAGCCCAAGAUUUGCCUCAUUCAACCAAAACUGAACUUCGAGACAGGAAAUUUGGAGCUUCGAUUUCCAGAUCUUGAUGAGGUUUGCUACGUUCCUUUGGACCCACCAGAGGAAGACAAGUAUGACUCUGCGGAAGAAUCUGAAAGUUUUUCUAAAGCCAAGGUGUACAAUGAUAACGUCACAGUGAGAGAUUGCGGGGACAACGUAGCCUCCUGGCUGGAGACGGCUCUCAUGACUGAUGACGUUAGGCUUGUUAGGCACGUUGAUAGAUACGCCAAGAAAGGUCCGGAAAAACUACCACUGACAUUAACAGAUGCAUGCCAGUAUUUAUUGGUUAAUGAAGCUACGGUUACAUGGUUACGAGAGAAACUGGCCGCGGAGGGUAUAGACAUAACUGAGGAGAGUCUUAUACACCGAUUUCGAUGUAAUUUUCUGAUGUCACCAACCCCAGAGCCUCUGGAGGAGCUGAAUUGGACCCAGCUGCAGAUCGGAAACUUAAAAUUCAAGGUUGACCGUCCAUGUACGCGGUGUCCAAAAAUUAAUAUAGACCAGCAAACUGCAGAGAAAAGCUUUGACGAGCCUUUCGCCACACUUUCGACCAAUUUGAAAGGAAAAGUAGAAUUUGGAAUAUACAUGAGGCUUGUUGAGGCAUCCUCUUUAAAUAGGACAGUCGUUCAUAUUAAUGAUGAAGUAAAAAAUAUUAAAUUGUAAACUUAAAAUUGAUAUAUUUGAUUCGCCUUCAUUUUUUCAUCUUACCAUCAGAUGAGACUGAAGAAAAGCGUACAAAAAAGGCCAGACUGAAGUAUUUAGGGCACAUAUUGAAAUUGAAAAAGUGGGGGAGAAUUUUAAUUGAUUAAUUGCCAGCAAUAUAUAUGAAACAUGUUACCUAAGAGAUGCUUGUUUCUCAAGAAAAACUAACAUAAGUUUUUUCUGUCCAUUUGAGAGGGUAAAGUUUAGAUAUUAACACUGAAUUGUAGAAAGUUCUAAAAAUAAUCUUCAGUUAUUGAUUUUGAAUAAUUUGUUUCAUUCCUGGUAUGUAUCUAUAUUUGUGUAUUUCUCAGGUUAAAAAAGAGAAGAUUUUCAGGGCACCAAAACUUCUGUAAUAAAUCUUAAGAGUAUUGUUUUAUGAUCUCUAAUAAAUGAAAAGUGCCAUAAUAAUUGUA